AAACCCACGCAAGCUUCUCUGAUAUAUUUAAACCCCGAGCAGGCUUUCUUCGCCCACCGUCCCCUCAUCCCCCUAUCCAAAUCCAGUUGUGUUUGUUACCUGCCGCAGUCGCGACCCGCCUUGGGUAAAUGGCUGUAACCUCCAUUUUCUGGUCCCUACUUGAACGUUGAACCUUGCAACGACGACCAAAUGUCGCUUCAUAACUCGGCUAGCCUGCAAACGAUGUCGUCCGAGUCAUCGAGCAAGUCCUCCAUUAUCAGCAGGUCUGUGAGGAUGGUCAAGAAACGGCUGUCGACAAUGAGCUUGAGGUCUUCAGGACGUUCAGGGAGGGAUUCAGGGAGUCCGUCUAAGACUAGGUCCCAUCAAGUAGACAGCUUCACUUCCUCCAGCUCGAAUAGUCUCAGUCCUCUCGAAGCCAUGUUACCCGUACUUGCAUCCCCGUAUCCACUCUGGAUCCCUUGUUAACUGUCCUUUGAACUUGUACUCCGUUGAGUGGUGUGUACAUCUUUCCCAACGUCCAUCCGUUGGACAUUAUUUUCCC